UGAAUGGUAAUUAAUAUUGUAGUGUUAUAUAUAUAAAUAAUCUCUUAUCAGAAUGAAAAGAGGAAGAAGAAAGAUAUACAGAGGUGAAACUAAGGAACCUUGAAUCGAUCUUACGAGAGACAUGGCAACAUCGAAACCACAUGCAAUUCUUCUGACUAGUCCCGGCAUGGGACACAUAAUUCCCAUGGUGGAGCUAGGGAAGCGCCUCCUCACACAUCACUCCUUCCACGUCACCAUCUUCGUCGUCACCACCGAUUCCGCAACCACAACCUCUCAGAUUCUCCAACAAACAUCAAACCUUAGUUCCCUCAACAUCGUCCAUGUUCCUCCCAUCGACUCCAACAAACUACCACCCAAUGCUCCCUUAGAAGUACGAAUCAACUUUACCAUGCUCGAGUCCCUUCCAUUUCUACGCUCCUCCCUCACAUCCAUUAACAACUUUCCUCCUCCUUCAGCUCUUAUCGUUGACUUGUUUGGUCUUCAAGCUUUGCCCAUGGCACGUGACCUCGGCAUGCUAACCUAUGUUUACUUCGCCACCAGCGCUUGGUUCUCUGCGGUUACAGUUUACUUUUCGGACACGGACAACAAAAUUAUGGAAAGACACGCUGAAAACCGCGAACCACUUUUGAUUCCCGGCUGCGCACCGCUCCGGUUCGAGGACACGCUCGAAUCGUUUUUAUCUCCGGGAGGGGCGAUGUACGAGGGUUACCAUGCAGCGGCAAAGGAGAUCGUAGCCGCUGAUGGAAUUUUGAUGAACACGUGGCAAGAUCUGGAGCCCUCUGCGACUAAGGCGCUGACAGAGGAUGGGAUUUUGGGACGGUUUACGAAGGGAGAGGUGUACGCGGUUGGACCGUUGGUGAGAAGCGUGGAGAAGAAACCGAAGGGUGGAAAGAAGGAUGGGGUUUUGCAAUGGCUGGACGAGCAACAGGCUGAGUCGGUGGUCUACGUGUCGUUCGGGAGCGGUGGGACAAUGUCCGGGAACCAAAUGAGGGAGGUGGCGUUGGGGUUAGAGCUGAGCCAGAAGAGGUUUGUUUGGGUGGUGCGGCCACCUUGCGAAGGUGACGCGAGUGGCGCGUUUUUCGACGUGGCGAGUGGCGGUGACGCUGCAAUGAGUUACUUGCCGGAAGGGUUUCUGAAAAGGACGGAGGGGGUGGGGGUUGUGGUUCCCAUGUGGGCCCCGCAGGCCGAGAUCCUGGAACAUCCUGCGACGGGGGGUUUCGUGACGCACUGCGGUUGGAAUUCCGUUUUGGAGAGCGUGGAGAACGGCGUUCCCAUGGUGGCGUGGCCGCUUUACGCUGAGCAGAAGAUGAAUGCUUUCAUGCUGUCGGAGGAGCUGGGGGUGGCGGUGCGCGUGGCAGAGGAGGGCGGAGGAGUUGUGGGAAGGGAACAGGUAGCGGAGGUGGUGAGAAGAGUGAUGGUGGAUAAAGAAGGUUUUGGCAUGAGGAAGAAAGUGAAAGAGCUGAAGCUGAGCGGAGAAAAAGCAUUGUCUAUGUUUGGUUCUUCUCAUCAUUCGCUUGCUGAAAUGAGGAAAGAGUGUGAAGUUCAUAUGCAAAGUUCUGAUACAAAACUUCCCCCAGCCUGCCACUUACGGAGUACCACCACUGAUGUCUUCAACCACGUUGUUUACUCUUGACUCCCUUUUCUUUCUCUUCUUCUUCUUAUCAUUAUCAUCUUAAUUAUCUAUUUCUCUUUUCCAGUCUUCAAUCUCUUUGCCUGUUAAUGGCUAUGUGACGCUAUUUCGCAAUUAUCUCAGUCUGUAUUCAACAUAAAUAUUACCUUGUCAAGAAA